AUGACACUACAUAAACUACCACUAUUUGUAUGGGCAAUUUUUGUUACUGCUAUUCUUCUUCUACUUUCACUACCUGUACUAGCUGGGGCAAUUACUAUGCUGCUAACAGAUCGAAACUUUAAUACUUCAUUCUAUGACCCUGCAGGAGGAGGUGAUCCUGUACUAUAUCAACACCUAUUUUGGUUCUUCGGUCAUCCUGAAGUGUAUAUUCUAAUUAUUCCUGGAUUUGGGAUGAUUAGUCAUAUUAUUUCUGCCUUCUCAGGUAAACCAGUAUUUGGAUACCUAGGAAUGGUUUAUGCUAUGUUUAGUAUUGGUAUCCUUGGAUUCCUUGUAUGGUCACACCAUAUGUAUGCUGUAGGUAUGGAUGUAGAUACUCGAGCUUACUUUACUGCGGCAACAAUGAUUAUUGCAGUACCUACGGGUAUUAAAAUCUUCUCAUGGCUAGCUACACUAUAUGGAGGUUCAGUACGAAUUACUACACCUAUGCUAUUUGCACUUGGAUUCCUAGCACUGUUCACAAUUGGGGGACUAACAGGAGUAAUUCUUGCUAAUGCUUCUCUAGAUGUUGCACUACAUGAUACUUAUUAUGUUGUUGCUCAUUUCCAUUAUGUACUAUCUAUGGGAGCAAUUAUCCAGAUGCUUUCUACGGAUGGAAUGUAA